UUAGAGACAUCCUGAAAAUAAGAACAUUACAAACAUUUCCUAAACUUUGUCUGAACCCGUCUGAAGGCUGACAGUCAGUACUGAUUUUCAACCUUGUCUUUUGUACAGAGCAUUUUUCAGAAUCUUUUACUAACAUGAGGUGAAACAUUUCGAGCUUUAUAGCGUCAGUUUUGAUGAGAAUCCACAGUCUCGAUCUAACAGAAUACCACCUACACUAGACUGAUCAAUGUGUGGUCGUAAGUAAAGCCUCGGUUGUGAAGUCCAUCAUCUCAGUCUGCUGUAUGAGUCCAGAAAAAUCUUCAGCUUUGACAGAAACUGUUGUACACUUUGUUAUCGAGCUGCUCUCCAGGCUGAUGCGUUCAGUUAGUCUGACUGAUGAACUUUAUAACCUGUGGAUUUAAAAGCGACGCAGACAUUGCGGGCUGUACAGGGCGGAACAAAAAGCAACUGUCCUCUGCAGGAAGCUUUAUGUGUGACAGCAGGCGGAAGUAAGGAAAGAAAAGCCGGAAGUGUUUGUUUCCUGCGUGAGGAGUGAGCAGGGAGGCUUUUCUGUUGGAAAAGGCUUAAUUUAGAGUUCUGCGUUGAAUAUUUUAAAAAUCUGCAACACCGUCUGUGGAAGCUCACACCUGUGCGGCUGAAAGCGGAGUAAUAUCUCCGAGUAAGAGCGCAAUUUAGCGCGGAAGCAUACAUCGAUCGUGAGCAGGGCUGAGUGUGUGAGCUGAGUGUGUGAGCUGCGGCAGCAACGAUGCCUUCAGUUCAGUAUCUGAGAGAGUUUAUCAACGAGCGACUAACUGCUGCUGCUGAACAAAUAUUCUUGGAGUUUGAAAAAACGAUCGUCCAGUACGAGGAAGAGAUCGACCGUCAGCGCAGACUGCUGGAUAUCACCUGGAAACCCCAAAUCAAGCUGCACAGGACAGGUGUCCCACAGCAGCAGGUCUGUGAGGAGGAGGAGGAGGAGGAGGUUCUCCCUGAGCAGCAGCUCUGGAACCAGGAGAGGAGCUCCAGUGUGGAGCAGGAGGAACCAGAACCUCCACAGAUUAAAGAGGAACAGGAGGAACUGUGCAGCAGUCAGGAGGGAGAGCAGCUGGGACUGAAGGAGGAGACGGAUACCUUCAUGGUGACUGCUGCUGCUGAGGAAAGUGGGUACAGUGAGCAGCUCCUCUCUCACAGCUCUGCUGGAGCUGAGAGUCAGCAUCAGGAAGGAAGCGGGAGCGCCGACUCAGGAUCCACUAGAAAUCGAAACAUUAGUCACAGCAACAAUGCAGAUCGCCCUCAUGUGCCAUACAGUCAGUGUAACAGCAAAACUGCUGAAAAGUCUAUAAAAUGUGAUGUUUGUGGAAAAUCUUUUAAGUAUACUUCCAGAAUGAAGCGACAUUAUUCGAUGCACACAGGUGAGAAGCCGUAUUCUUGU